GGGAAACCGAGGCGAUAUUUCCGCUUCCGUCAGGGGAAGGAAGUUAGUGUCUCCCGGGUGAAGCGGCCUUGGCUGCGAGGAAGAGCUGGUACAGUGCUAGGAUUAAAGGUGUGAGCCACCAACGCCCCGCCCAUCCUGCACUUCUAUAAGACAGAAGCAAGGUCUCAGAGAGGCACUCGUUCUCCAGCUACUCCGAAGAGAGGCAGCAGUUUGAGACUUGGUGAAGAGCUUGUGUGUGGAACAGCCCUGUCAGCCUGAGCUAGAGGUUUCAUCCCCCUGCAGCCAUGGGACGAAGGAAGUCUAAACGGAAGCCACCCCCCAAGAAGAAGAUGACAGGCACCCUGGAGACCCAGUUCACUUGCCCCUUCUGCAACCACGAGAAGUCCUGUGACGUGAAAAUGGACCGUGCUCGAAACACUGGAGUUAUCUCCUGUACCGUGUGCCUAGAGGAAUUCCAGACACCCAUCACAUAUCUGUCAGAACCAGUGGAUGUGUACAGCGAUUGGAUAGACGCCUGUGAAGCAGCUAAUCAGUAGCAAUAUCAAGGAACUGCCCCCUCAGCAGUACUGACCCGGGUACCAGUCCAGAGACAUUCCAGGGCAAUGACAGCCCUCCCUCCGUGUAUGGACUGGAUUCGAAUGAGUGGAUGUGUGUGGGGCUGCGGAGGUGGCUGUAACAGUGACCCUGACUGCUUGUGGUAGGCUGGAGGUGAGGGGUUGCUGGGUCUCACCAUGCUGCUCAGGGUGGCCUCAAAUGACUCUGAAAGCCUUCGAGUUGCUCCCUUCUUCAGCCCCCAACCCUUUACCCAAGGUUUCUGGCUCCUCUGGUGACCGUUUCCUGACAUCCCUGCAAAGAAUAGCUGUGGGACCACCAGUCUCCUCAGCCACCUCACCAGCACAUGGUCCUUGAGGACCUGGACCCCCUGUCCUUCCUACCUCCUUGUGCUUGUGGCCUCGGAGUCAAGGUCCUUUGCUGGGCUUUGCCUGGGAACCCGUUUUCCUCUUCCUUUGCUUUUGUAGAAAAGGUAGGGGCUGGUUCAGGAACUCACAAGCCUGUCAAUAAAGCAGCCAGUGCGGAUCCCUGA